AUUUCUGUAUGCCCUCCCAUUAUCCGAUCCGAGCGAGAGAAAGAGGGGAUGGAUUCGGUGCGCGCCAAGCACGCGGCGGAGCUGGAGGCCAAGCGCAAGAAGCUGGAGGAGAUCCGCAAGCGCAAGGCUGCAGUUCGAGCGGCUGAGGAGUCCUCCGCCGCGUCGGAGAGCGUAAACCAGGCCAUCGGCCAGCAGGAGAACAAGUUUGACGACUUUAUCCAGAAUAUCCUCAAGACGUCGGAGAAGGAGGAGCGACUCAAGGAGGACGAGGACAAGAGUAAGGAGGAUAAUGCAGUGACCAACACUCUGUCAUUGGCUGAGAAGUUGUCGUCUCUCUCCACUGUAACAAGCGUGGCCGAGAUGCACAUCCAGCCGACGCUCGUGGAGACUUACACUAAGCACACAGAGACGGACAUUACACUAGAGCACGAGAUCUUCGUGAAGGACGACGGCGCGACAGACAUGGAAGUGGACGAUAUGGGUGGACGCUCGUCUCCUAGACGUCCAGCAAGUGUGGACGGAUCGUCCUCCCCACGUAAUCGCAACUUGACGGUGGACACGGAAAUGCCCAUUUCAACCACGGAAACGUCCACAACGACACUAUCAGUAGAAGACAAGACCAGUUUAAUGCAGUCUGAUGCGAUGGAGGCCUUUUUAACCAAGGCUUCGAGGGUUAUCGAGCGUGCAUUGAACACUUCGAGCAAGUAUGACAUUAUGAUUGACUACGGAGCCGACGUGGAGCAGGACAGCGCAGUGGAGGAAGCCACGGAGUCCUUGAAGCAGCAGUAUGUCUUUGCAGACAGUCAGUGGUCCAAACACCGCGCAGUCACAGAUGUGGACGUCUCCCCGUUCUACCCGGAGCUCACUCUGGUGGCGUACACUGCUCGGAACUUCUUGGAGGACGAAGACAAGGACGACGGCAUGUCGUCGCAGUGGGAUACGAUGGGGAACUCCGCCACAGCGGCACUGACUGAAGUGGCAGCAAUCACGGAAGGAGUGGUGCUCUUGUGGUCCACAGCUCUGCCCGGUCGACCAGAAUACCGGUUUACGUGCCACUCACAAGUAACCAGUGCGUGCUUCAACCCGUUCGACCGUCAUAUUAUCAUCGGCGGCACGUAUUCCGGUCAGAUUGUGGUCUGGGACACUCGCGCCAAGAGCGCUCCAGUGCAGAAGACGGCGUUGUCGGCGUUUAGCCACACACACCCGAUCUACGCGAUGGCUGUUGCAGGCACCAAGACGUCGUACACACUGAUCUCUGCCAGUACCGACGGUCGAGUGUGCGUAUGGGAUCUCGAUCAUCUGCAAAAGCCUCUGGACAUGCUGGAUCUGCGCAUCUCGCUGUCUAUCGUGUCAAACUACACAUCCGUCAACACCUCGGACAAGAAGAUGGAAGCCUCGGUCACUUCUUUUGCAGUGUUGGGCAAGGAGAUCAAGGAGCUGUUUAUCGGCACGGAAGCUGGUAAGCUGUACUCGACGAAGAUUGACCAACAGAAAAACAAACCUGGCGCUGGCGACGACAGCAGCAGUAUGGAUACCGACAAGAAGAACAGGAACAGUCUACUCGGUAGCAGUACUGGAGACCUGGUCCGUGAGGUGAUUGUCGAGGCAGUCUCUAAGGACGGCUCGCACUUUGGUCCAGUUACGGCCAUGCACUUCAACCCACUGCUGCCAGCACACCGCGAUAGUCUGCUGCUCACGUGUUCUCUGGAUUCGACGGUCAAACUGUGGAGUCUCGAACACCCUGAGUUCCCUGUGCUCUCGUUCGAGCCGUCGAGCGAAUACAUUAGCGACGUACGAUGGUCCCCCCUGCACCCGGCACUGUUUGCUGUUGCAGAUAGCAGCGGCAGUGUGAGUAUCUGGAACAUCCUGAGAGAUGUCGAGGUGUCUGUAGUCUCAGAGAAGAUCAGUGACAAGUCAUUGAACAAGAUCCGAUGGAGCGCCGACGGCAAGAGCGUGAUCACUGGCGAUGCAGAUGGCAAGUCGUACAUCUACGAGGUGCCCUCCGAUAUUGCACUGCCCCAACCGGACGACUUGUCGCUUCUGGAGAGCAAAGUGGCAACUUCUAUCGCGGCGACAGCACUAUCCAAGCCGUAAAACACACCUUCACAGUAGACGCGUACAUCAAAAAGCCGACGCUAUCGGCUUGAAAAAUGAAUGUGGAGUCCAUCGUUUUAAGUUCGCCGGCUUAUUUUACUUACUACUGUUGGCUGCUGCGUCAAGUGUGAAGCAAUAUAAUCUCUCACAGCUUGGUGCUAAACUCAAGUGGAAACACUUGCGAGUUGUUGAACUUGCGACACCAUCUCUCAAACGCCUCACGAACAGGUGAAACCUACAGAACACAAUUGAGAAUGCGGCGGGGUUAUCUAGUAGAUAGACUUACCAGGUGUGGCUCUUUGACGAAGACUCGAAUGGAGUAUUCCUCAAACUUCCGCGGACUGAACAUUUCGUACGCGCAUUCGGGCAAGCGGAAGCACCUGGAGCUUGCGGUUGCAUUCUUCGAGUAGAACCUGACAUGUUGUACGGGGUCUGCCUUCCCUUUUCCAUAAUGAACGCGCAUGAAUUCCAGUAUAACUGCGUCCUUCUCGGUGAUCAGCGAUCGAUUUGUGGAGCACCGCAGCACUUCAUUCAGCAGCAUAUCCUCCGUUUUCUGUUGCGAGUGCGCCGUUAAUGCUGUCUUGCCGACGUAAUUGUAGUACGGCUUUGAGAAGAUUCGAUUUAGUAUCGAUCUCGCCUCUUCUAGUUCAGGGCUGUCGCUUUCUUGGAUUUUCAGCAGCACACGGUCGUCAAAAUGCUGGUAAGCCUCCAUGCAACACAUGAUCUCGGAGAUCCGUUUUCCUUUGAUCGUCACGUGGUCGUUGGCUGAGAUCAUCAAGUCACAGAGCAUGUAAUCAAUAGCACGGACUCCUCGGUGUUGGUACACGGACUGAUGAAGCUCGUAACGUGCCCGAAAGGCUUGCAUAAUUUGCCCAGCUAGCUUCUCGGGAAAGCAAACCACCAUGUUUUCUUCAGGAUCGUCACGGUCUACCAGCACACGAGCGUUACGAAUAAGUAGGUCGGUAUCACACGACAUUUUAGCCCCCGUGUGGAGCGAGUCUCGCAUGAAAUAGUCCAGUUUGUCCACGUCUAGUCCAC